CGAUCCCGAUAGGAUCGAUCAGUAGCCAACGGAUACAGAACGGAAACGCUGUCGAUAUCGGCUUAAAUAUUUGCUAAACCGGGCGUGUAAGGUAUCACCUUUUUUAACAGUCAAAGUUUGGCUGAAAGGCGUCAAAAGCGUUCCGCUGCUUGAUACAAGGGUAUAUCCAUAAUCGAUAUCGACGAUGUUUAAAUGCUGUGUGUGCAACAAGAGCUCGAAGAAGGAGAAGCCGAACGGCGAGGUGACGAAACAAAGUCAGAAGGCGGCGGACACGCAGAUAGUGCCCAUCGAUUCGACCAGGGUAGAGGAAAGCAGACCGAUCGUAAGGGACGAGAAGUUGAACGGCGACGUGCAGAGAUUCGAGGAAGUUUCGCCCAGGAUGGAGAAUAAUUGUUCCGUGGAGGUGGUCGACGAUCUGACCGUGAAGAGUCCGUUGCCGUCCGGUAAACGGGACGAUGUCAACGACGCCACGCGAUCGAGAAAAGAAUCGAUGGUUGAAUCGAACGACAAGGAUCGCGACGACGACACUGAAAAUCCGAAGGAUCGAAUGGAUGAGGGCAAGAUAAGGGCAGCAAACGGAGUCAAGGAUCCGUGUGGUAAUGGAGAGGUGGAUGGAAGUGACAGUAUAAGCGUGAGUGGCGACAGCGGAGGCGGGAAUGAACUGAUGAAGGCAAUAUUAAAUUCCGGCGUUCCUAACACCGUAAAAACGAAUCUUUACGACUCUUCCGCCGCGUAUAUCGAGAGAACGAUCGAUGAUGGACCAGAAGACGAAGGCGACGAUUCUGUUUUCGAGGCAUGUCCCAACGACGAGAAUGCGAAUAAAAAACAAACGACAGUUCCGUCAGUUCCUCGCUGGCUGUCGGAAGAGGACGAUGGGGAACACGAUUCGGCAGAAGAGUGCAGCGGAAUGCAAGAACCACCCGCAACGCCGGUCGCCCGCGACGAGCUAGCUUUAAGGCGUCACAGAUUCUUUUCCGAUUUGUUGCACGCCUCGCAAAACGCGACGGAGCACAGAGUGAGGUUUGACCCACUAGGACCGAUGGUGCACGCUGGCUGUGACGGCAGUGACAGGGAGGAUCAUUUAGAAGAGCUAGUAAAUCGAUUGGAAAACGUUACUGAACGAUUAGAGAAAGUUCAAGCCUUUUCUGUAACUGAAACUCAGGAUACUGCUGUUCAAACAAAUACACCAUCACCAAGGAGGGCUCGGCCAGUUGAGAACGGAACAUCAGUACAGUCUGCCUCACCUAUUCAGUCACAGCACAAAUCAGCAUCAAAUAAAAUUGUCACCAUGUCAGUCGCAGGCUAUGAAGAUGUUUUAGCCGGACCUGUUAGAGAAUACUUGCAGUUGAGUGGGAAAAUUGGUGGUGAUGUAGCCACGCAUAGUAAGCUUGUAGAAAAGGCAUUUCAAAUUCAGCUUGAAUUUAUUCGAACUGCAGCAAAUCGACCAGCUCCAGCAAAUCCAUCAGAAGAGGUUGGUCUCCUUGCACCUACCUCUACGCAAAUUCAGCAGAUUCAGGAAUUUCGUGAGAAAAACAGAGGAUCUCAGUUUUUCAAUCAUCUGUCAGCAAUUAGUGAAAGUAUUCCAGCUCUAGGAUGGGUCGCCGUAAGGCCUACACCAGCACCCUAUGUAAAGGAAAUGAACGAUGCUGGACAAUUUUAUACUAAUCGUGUCUUAAAGGACUGGAAAGAAAAAGAUAAAAUCCAUGCUGAAUGGUGCAAAGCUUGGGUGCAAACGCUAACUGAUCUUCAGCAAUAUGUACGUCAACAUCACACAACAGGAUUGGUGUGGGCAAAAACUGGCUCUGCCCCGGCGGCGGGCAUACCACCACCUCCACCACCGUGCAUGCCUAUUGGAGAUGUGGCGCCAGUCAGUAUUGCCGAUGACAGAAGCGCCCUUUUCGCUGAAAUUAAUCAAGGAGAAGGAAUUACAAAGAACUUAAAGAAAGUCACUUCCGAAAUGCAAACACAUAAAAACCCGUCGUUGAGGACUGGUCCAGCACCGUUUAAAGCGCCAGUAGUUGGCAAUAAUGCUGCUGUACCACCGAUGAAAAUAGUGCCACCUGCGAAUGCACCGAUUGAAAAACCACCAGUAUUUACCAAAGAUGGAAAGAAAUGGCUUGUGGAAUACCAUAAAGGAAAUAAAGAUCUGCGCAUUGAAAAUGUAGAGAUGAAUAAUGUCGUCUACAUGUUUCGGUGUCAAGAUAGUACCUUAGUUGUUAAAGGCAAAGUGAACUCCGUCGUAAUGGAUUCGUGCCGUAAAUCAUCCGUUGUUUUCGACUCCCUUGUGUCCAGCAUUGAAUUUGUCAACUGCCAGAGCGUCCAAAUGCAGGUCCUAGGAAAGGUACCCACCAUCUCCAUCGACAAAACAGACGGUUGCCAGAUGUAUCUAAGCGCGGACUCGUUGGAUGUUGAAUUAAUUAGCAGCAAGUCCAGCGAAAUGAAUGUUAUGGUGCCGAAAGGGAACGGAGAUUACGCGGAGUAUCCCGUACCGGAGCAAUUCAAGACCACGGUCAGUCCGAAAGGUCUUAGCACGAUCGCGAUCGACUCGCUGGGCUAAAGACACCGUCAGUGUUUAAUCAUUUAUAGCCUAAACUAACUAUUCGAUUAAGAGUACGGCUUAUUAGAGGUAUCAUCUUCAGAGGAUUCAUCGAUUUCUUAUUUAUUGCUUCUUCGAUUAAUUUUAAGAAUCAUGAGAAGGACGAUUAAAUAGAAAAAGAAUAAUCUCAUCCGCGCGCCUAUGGAUUUCCGUGUCUCGCUCUCGGGUUGGGAGGGGAGGGGCACAGAGGGGGAGAGAGAGAGAGAGUUCAGUUAGAAUUUAGACAAUUCGACUCAAAACAACGUUACAGUCCUAUCUCGUUCGAUGUAUCUGUACGAUUCGUGUGGAUAUCAUCGACUCCGGUUGAAAAUGAAAAAAAAUAUGGAAAACGGGAACGAUUGCCACGGUCAAACGGUCAUUAUACACUCACGGUAUUUGAAUGAGCGGGUUAUUCGAUAAUCUGCGACACGAUAUUUUGUAAUAUAGGAUUAGUUAGAUCUCUAGCGGUUGUGAUUCGUUGAUAUAGAUGAGAUCGUCGUCCUCCACGGAAACAAAAAAAAAAAAGAAGAAAUAAUAAAACGUUCGUUCGCACACUGGUGCUGAAAUACGGGGUGACUGUAGGUUGCAUUAUGAAUAUAGGUAUGGACAAAAGUUUUGCUACCUUUGGACCGCACUUUUAUACAUUUACACCAUUUUUUAUCGUGAUCGAACUUUUGCCCAAACCGGUCGCUAAAAUGAUACACAGACGACGACGACUCGCCAAGGAAUUGCCACUCGAAUUUUUCUUAAUUGGGCGCAUCAGAGCGAGUGUCGCCCGACACGCGCUCGCGCGCAUCCGAGAACAUAGAAUUCGGAAACAUUCUGGAGACAUUUAUACAACGUUUAGGGACGUCAUAUCAAUAGUUGGAUAUUAAUACCUCUAGACUUUUGCAAGCAAGGAACAUUCGUUACCAUCUAUCAUCAAUUCCGUGGGAAUUCUGUCACGUCACCCGGAGAGCGAUUUGGUUCACGAGUCUUCCGAAUUUUAUAAACAUUCAUCACAUGUAAAUAGAGUGAUAAUUUCGUGAUCAAAAUAUGUGCCGUAUUAGUUUGCUGGUCAGGAUCACUUUUUGUAUUACGAAUGACGUUACGAAAAAUAUUUAUUGAAUUGGUCAGAUGUCGUUUUUUCGAUGAAAUAAUUGCAAGAAAUCACAUAGAAAAAGGCAACAAUGACCGUAUUGAUAUUUAGAUCUUUGAAUGACCUUGAUCAGCUAACCAACUUGUCAUCCAUUUAAUGUUUGAUUUAUCCGAGAAACGUCGGAUCUCUCGGCACGUCGAUUGGAGAUUAUGCGUGUGUAAAAUGAUCAAAAUGGUUGUGCAAAAGUCUCGAUGGGGUCCAACCGUUUAAGGACGAGAGGUUACCGCGAACAAUAAGGGAAUAUUGUUGAACUCGACAUUUGAAAACAUAAAAAAAAGCGUGCUGUUUGAACGUGACGUAAAAUUACAUUGUGAUUUUUACCACUUGGUAUAUUGUGCUAAUCGUAGGUAUAAUGUAAUGAUAGCGCUCUACUUAAAGGUGGCACGAUUUAGAACGAGGAGAUCGUUUUAGGAUUAACAAUGAAUUCAACAGUUCGGUCCUGUUUUAAACGGAAAUGGACGCGAGGGGAACUCUCGAACGGUCCGAUUUCUUUUUCUAUCGUUUCCGAUGGUAUUACAACGUGGUUUAAUUACGGAACGACGACUAUUUGACUGAGGUGUUAUUUACUCCGAGGGGAAUCGUACUGUAUCUUAACACAGUAGACUCUAACAGCUUUCGUUUUUAAUAUCGAUAGAGUAUUAUAUCGAGAAUAAUCAAUAUUUAUUUCUGAAUAUGAUUUUCAGUGCUAUUUCUAAUUGUCCUAAUAAAAUGAAAUAAUAUACCGUC